AUGAAUGUCUUGAAGAGUCUAGACGACACUCAACACGUCGUGCGCAUGCUUGAUAACUUCGAUGUAGAGGGACCUAACGGGCUACAUCCCUGUUUGGUUCUUGAGAUGUUGGGUCCAAGUGUGUCUGAUCUGGUGGAGGGGCGGUUUGCAGAUGGGAGACUUCCUGGGAGUUUGGCUAGGGGUGUUGCGAGGCAGGCUAUGAUGGGACUUGAUUCGUUGCAUCAUUUCCAUAUUCGCAAUCUGGCCUUCGCUAUACCAUCUAUGGCUAAUAUCCCCGAAGAUGAAUUCAUCAAUCUACUAGGGAGACCAGAUAUCGGAUACGUCUGCUGCAAUGAUGGUGGACGUCUGGGGCCUGGUAUACCGGAGUAUAUUGUUAGACCUGCGAAUAUACAUUCACGAUCACGGCCUUUAUCAGAAACCAUCAAGAUUGUUGAUUUUGGGGGAUCGUUCCCACAAAAUGAUACGCCCAAGACACUCCACACUCCAUUAGUAGUUCGGGCACCUGAAGUGAUAUUCAAAGACCGUCUGGAUUAUCGUGUGGAUUUGUGGAGUUUAGGCUGUAUGUUAUUCGAAUUAUUUGUCGGUCAACCUCCCUUUGAUAGCUUCUUGAUCACUCCCAGGAUUCUCGUUGAGCAAAUGCAAGAAAUGGCAGGUGAAGCAUUGCCUGACAGAUGGGUAUCUUUAUGGGAGUCAAUGCGUGGUGAAGAUAUCACUGGGAACAGAGGACCUGGUUUGCAAGAGUGGCUGGAGGAGAUGUACUUUGAUGGUGAGCGCAAAGAGGACUUGUCGAGAGAUGAUAUUGUGGAACUGGGGAGGAUUAUUCGGAAAUUGCUACGCUUUGAGCCAGGUGCUCGUGCUUCGGUGGAAGAGAUCUUGGAUGAGCCUUGGUUUAGAUAUUAA